GAGGGCGGGGUUCGCCGGGCCGGCGGGGCUAGGGAGGAGAGAGCGGGAGGGUGGCAGAGGGAGCGGGCGAGCGGGCUUUGCAGCGGCAGCUCUUAUUGCAGCGGUGCCCCCGGGCGCUCCUCGACAUGACCGGCCUAGGGUUCGGACUGAUAAGCUGUGCCUUAUUUCUGGGUGUGAGUGGCUUAUAUUCCUCUAGUGAUGAUGUGAUAGAACUGACUCCUUCCAAUUUCAACCGUGAAGUUAUUCAGAGUAACAGUUUGUGGCUUAUAGAGUUCUACGCUCCCUGGUGUGGUCACUGCCAAAGGUUAGCACCAGAAUGGAAGAAAGCAGCAACUGCAUUAAAAGAUAUAGUGAGAGUUGGUGCAGUUGAUGCAGAUAAACAUCAGUCCCUAGGUGGACAAUAUGGAGUCCAAGGAUUUCCUACUAUUAAGAUCUUUGGAUCCAACAAAAAUAGACCGGAAGAUUACCAGGGUGGUAGAACUGGUGAAGCUAUUGUAGAUGCUGCUCUUAAUUCUUUACGACAACUGGUAAAGGAACGCCUUGGUGGAAGAAGUAGUGGAUAUAGUUCUAGUCGAAGUGAAGGUUCAGGCAAGAAGGAUGUGAUUGAACUGACAGAUGACACUUUUGAUAAAAAUGUGCUUGACAGUGAUGAUGUUUGGUUGGUGGAGUUUUAUGCUCCUUGGUGUGGACACUGCAAAAACUUAGAACCAGAAUGGGCAGCUGCAGCCACAGAAGUAAAGGAACAGACAAAAGGAAAGGUGAAGCUAGCUGCUGUAGAUGCUACAGUAAAUCAGGCAUUGACUAGCCGAUAUGGGAUUGGAGGAUUUCCGACAAUCAAGAUUUUCCAGAAAGGAGAACCACCUAUGGAUUACAGUGGUGGGAGGACAAGAUCUGACAUAGUUUCCAGAGCCCUAGAUUUAUUUUCUGAUAAUGCCCCACCACCUGAGCUCCUUGAGAUUGUUGAUGAAGCAGUGGCAAAGAAAACCUGUGAAGACCACCAGCUCUGUGUAGUUGCUGUAUUGCCUCAUAUCCUUGAUACUGGAGCAUCAGGAAGAAAUUCUUACUAAGUUCUACUAAAGUUGGCAGAAAAAUACAAAAAGAAAUUGUGGGGAUGGCUGUGGACAGAAGCUGGAGCUCAGCAUGAACUUGAAACUGCUUUGGGAAUUGGAGGUUUUGGGUACCCUGCAAUGGCAGCUGUCAAUACACGGAAGAUGAAAUUUGCUCUUUUGAAAGGGUCUUUCAGUGAGCAAGGAAUUAAUGAGUUUCUCAGAGAGCUUUCUGUUGGCCGUGGCUCCACAGCACCAGUAGGUGGUGGUGUUUUCCCUAAAAUAAGCACUGUAGCCCCUUGGGAUGGCAAAGAUGGUGAGCUUCCCGUUGAAGAUGAUAUUGACCUCAGUGAUGUAGAACUCGACGACUUAGGAAAAGAUGAGUUGUGAGAUAUGACAUAUACUUCUUGGGAGCGGAUUUUUCCAGCAGUGGUGGAACAUCCUUUGCAAUCAAAUGGAUAUACCAGUGGCCUUUUUUAAAAACUGAAGCAGCAUUGUUUGGUCAUUUGAAACACUGUAACAGUGAACUGUUUGCAUCUCAAGAAAAACAUUGAAAAAUUCUAUGAAUUGUUGUUAACCAGUGAAUUUGAUUGUAUUCUGUCAAAUAAUAUUUUGAAGAUAAAUGAUUUUUUUUGUUGUUGCUGUUGAAAACAUUUUUUUCCAUCCCAAGUGUGCUGUUUGUAGGUUCUUUAAGGCUGUUACUUUACUAAGUUUUUAACUGUGAUUUUUUUUCUUCAUUUAAACACAAUGCUUUGUUCCAGUUAAAGAAUAAAAACACAAAGUAUUUUUGACAGUGCC